AUGGAGCACCGGUUGAAGCAGCUGGUGCGCUGGCUCCUGGUGCCCCAGGACCAGGACCACCACCAGGACAACGCGACGGCGAACGGGAUGACAACGCCGACGACGGUAUCAUGGCUACUCGAGGGUGGGUUACCGGUGCCCGGAUUACCGGGCGUCAUUAUGUCCUGGAGUGGUAUUACCAGCGCGCUGUUGCUGCUGGUCCUCGGUUACGCCCUUUACCGGUUCUACUAUCAAGCGGUCGUCUGGAAGCGCGAUCUGACGGACAUCGGGUACAACCACGUCCUGGAUGCGGCCAGCAUCGGGCGGAACGAUCGGCGGCGGGUGGACUGCGUGAAUCGGGCCCGCCGGCUCCGCAAGAUCGGUGACCGCAUCCCGCCGCCCUACCCGAACGGUUGGUUCGCGGUGCUGGAAUCGGAGGAGCUCGGACCGGGCGCCACCCGGGCCGUCGACUGUCUCGGCCAGAACCUGGCCGUCUUCCGGACGCUCGCCGGUACCGUGCACGUCCUCGAUGCCUACUGUCCCCAUCUCGGGGCGAACCUCGGUGUUGGCGGGGUCGUCCGGGGUGACUGCAUCGAGUGUCCGUUCCACCACUGGACGUUCAGCGGACAGGACGGGCAGUGCACCAACAUCCCGUACAGCCGGUCCGGUACGAUACCGAAGGUGGCCCGGCUGCGCAAGUGGCAAUCGCUCGAGGCGAACGGGUUUAUCUUCGUUUGGCACCACGCCGAUCCGGACGCGACACCGUGGACGUUCCGUGUCGUGCAGGAGAUCGAGGAUGGCCGGUGGGCGUACUACGGCAAGAACGAGUUCCUGGUCAACUGCCACAUUCAGGAUGUGCCGGAGAAUGGUGCGGACGUGGCGCAUCUGGCCGCGGUACACGGGCCAAACAUGCUGUCCGGUAGCGACAUCCGCUACUCGCGUGCCGGCUGGGCCGAGUUCGGCAUGCACUCCUGGCUAGCCAGUUGGAAUGCUCCGGGCGAGGGAGACCCACCGCACGUCGCCACGAUGGAUCUGGUGCACUCGUUCCGGCUGUUCGACAAGCUCGAGGUGGGCAAAAUAGAUGUGCGAGCGCACCAGAUCGGGCCCGGCUACGUACAACUCAUGAUGAACACCGGUAUGGGCCCGUUCGUCGUCCUGCAGACGGUCACACCGGUCGAGCCGCUCGUCCAGAAGGUCAUCCAUCGGUUCUACGCACCGCGCAACCUCUGGAACGCCAUCUUCCAAAAGUUUGCGAUCUGGGCGGAGAGUGUGAUGUUCGAGCGGGACAUGAUGGUCUGGAAUCACAAGCAGUUCAUCGACAAUCCACUGCUGAUCAAGGAAGAUCGCCUGAUCAAAGCCUACCGCAAGUGGUACAGCCAGUUCUACUCGGAGAACAGCAUCAGCUUCACGAUGGCGAAGGAGAAGCUGGACUGGUGA